AUGGAUAACGAGUUAGACGAAGAGACACUACAAGAACUGUACGCUUGGAUUGAUAAAAUACCUCUCUCCAGAUCAAAAAGGAAUAUCACUAGAGACUUCAGCGACGGAGUGAUGGCUGCGGAGGUUGUGAAGCACUUUUUCCCUAAACUGGUGGAGCUACACAACUACACACCAGCCAACUCCGCUCAACAGAAGCUGUGUAACUGGAGCACACUCAACAGGCAAGGCCGCCUAUUAGUCCUCGGCACAGACAGUAAUAAAAACAACGCGUCGCUUAUCUUGCCCCGCUACCCCACGCCUGAGUCCCUGGGGACCGGGCGGGAAUGUGACACAUGGUCCUCUCAACUUGUUACAAUAACACAGGAACGUGAGAACGCGGAGACAGACGGGCUCAGUCUGAAGCCUGUGAUUUAG